UACACCGCGCGUUUUCGUGUACAUGAGCUUAAAAGCAGCUGCGAAGCGUGUAUGCGCUGUACGUAAACUCAGGCACCCAGUAACAAGGAGCGGACUUUCCAGCCUCGAGGCGAAUAUAAUAAGUCACAUUUUCCCUGGAACCUUAUGAAACAUGUGCAGGUGACAAGGCGGCAUAAUGACUUUCACUGGGCGUGCGCUGUGAAAUUAACUGAAAAUAACGGACAGCCGUUUUUUGUGCAAUGCUUUCUGGCCCAACAUACAGCACGGACUUUUUGACAAACAGGAUAAUGGGUGUUGAACCUCCUAGCAAAAAGCGGAAGUGGGAAGAUAGUGAUCAUUAUUUGGACAAGGAAACACAUAUAGACUUCCAGGGCAAUUCGAUCGGACGCUUUUUCGAUAGCCCACAGAUGAAGUCGACAUCGUCAGGCUUUGUUAAUGAUUUAGUUGAACCCCACAGCUUUCUUGGAUCUUCCCAAACAUCGGAAUCGUUGCUUUCGAGCAACUACGCUCGUGGUAUGAAUCCACUGGUUGGCUCGACAUUUGGCUUCAGUGUGCCCGAUACCGACAAAUUUCCUAUGGGCAACCGAGAAGAAUUAACAACGCCGAAUGGUUUGGCCGGCUAUGAUUCUUCGAUACUUCUAGAAAACUCUUAUCUCUACGUCGAUGCUAGUGCUACCACUGUCAUGGAUGCCGAGCAGCAACAAAUGCUGCUUCAUUCACGUGAUCCGUACCCGUUUGGUUUGGCCACCACACCGCCACUUCCAACAGCUGUAAGCCAGAUGACCACUAAUCGGCUGGAUUUGGAUGCCACGACGUUGUUACUGGCCGACCAAUGCUUUCUUCAACACCGACCGAAUAACGCCACUCCGAGACUAGCGGGUAGCUGUGGAAGCAGUACUGAGAGCUCGACCGCCACAACAUUUGACCUUGUCCCUCAGUCAUCCUUCGCCACUGAAAUUGGCAAUGGUGGACAACAUCCAUACCUACUUCCUUCGCAUCUGAAUGAUCCGCCCAUGGACCAUGUCGGCUCGCAACUGACGCAUGAACAUGAUAACACCAGGGUGGCAAGGCUAGGUUCGCCACUGAAUUGUCCUCAGCCACUGCUCUGUUUCGACGGGUCCGAAAUACUCCAACAACACAGCAACACCAACACAACUGAGACAGAUUACGUCAGUGCUAACGGUGAAUCCACGGAGGCCGGAUUCGUGUUUCGAUGUAGCGGGAAUGAUACCAGGAAAGAGGGAACGAACAGCUUAUCUGCUAGUGAACACGAUGUACGAGACGCCUCGUUGGAUGAGCUGUACAGUGGCUGCAUGGAAUUUGUGAGACCAUCCACAGACGGACACGUGUUUGAGGAACUGCAGUCAAAUCCGCUCGACCCCUUGCAUUCCUUUGAUAAUCCAUCCGAUUCGGUUGACAUACGGCGGGACAAAGUGAGUGGGAAAUUCAAGCAUGCCACACAUCACAACACCGAACUUUCAGGAGCGAAUUCGGAGAAAAGGUGCAAGGUGUGCGGUGAUCGGGCAGUCAAUCACAACUUUGGCCAACUUACAUGCGAAUCUUGCAAAGCGUUUUUCCGACGAAAUGCACAUAAGUUACUACCCAGUCUAUUGGACCGAACCUUCGAAUGUCGAAGCGAUGUCGAUAUGACAACGGUGCAGUACUCCCUUUCACUAAGUCGGUCAAAAUAUUUGGUGGAACUGACGUGUACGUCGAAGACAGGCGAGCACGAGAUUACUCCGAGCACGCGACGUGAGUGUCCAGCAUGCAGGUUGAAAAAAUGCUUUCUCGUGGGUAUGCGGCCCGAUCUGAUUCAAGUGCGGAAAAAGGACGGCAGCAAACCACGUUGGUUGGACAAGGUUCCAAGUGCUGCGAUUGUACACGAAAAGCAUCUACAAUCAAACGAACUGCAAGGUAAAUCGGUUUGGAUGUCGACAUCUAAGCUGAAAACUCAAAACACCGGCCGUAUAACAAAGCAGGUGAGCAGCAAAGAGUCACGUGAGGAUGUUUGCAGUACGGAUAGUGGAAGCUGUUUGUCAAUGGAUGUUACAUCCCACGAGGUUUCACAUCCUUAUUGCCAAGGUCUACAAAAAAAUGACAAUCCAGACCUGUUUGAUCUAGGAGUAGUUGGCCUCGUCUCCGACACACUUUCUGCAGUGGAUCAGGCUGAUGGUGAUAAAUCAAACAAUGAGGAACGAAAACAGCAGCAGAAGCAACAGCAACAACAACAAUAUCCUUCUGACCGGUUUGUCCAUCUGAAUUACGAUAUUUGUCCCGUUGGGCAGCCAGCAUUGGACCUCCAAGCCAGUGUGCAGAGUUCAACGGACGUUCAACAGCCACAACAACAGGAACUGUUACACCGACAACCCAACGCAGUCGGUCUGUCCGAGUGUCCGACUGGGUCGGUUUUGGUCACACCAAACACCCGUGCCAACAUUUCGGUAGUUCACCUCAGCCCGAAACCCGCGAACCUAAUCCCAACGGUGGCUGUUGCAACGGUUGGCCCCUAUUCCAGUGCAGACGGUCUAGUUCCAAACUUGGUGCAAAGUCCGGAAUAUCCGUUUAAGAAUAAAUGCCCCGUCGCCCCAACCACUGUCACAUCGGUGAAUCACAAUGCACUCAAUACGCUAGGCGAGUACUGUGUAGACGCACUGUUACUCCGAAAGUCUAAAAUUCCAUCAAAAUUCUACCCAGUCCUAUUUUAUCCACCAUAUUUGUUCUCUCAUCAUCUUGCAGAGGACUUCAUCUUGGUGACGAACUCGCCUCGAUUACUAGUUCCAACCAAUGUCGUCACCAUUGGUGCGGCAACGGCUGUAACCACCAACUCCCAAGCUGUCAUCACUGCCGAAGCCGUUCCCCCCACACCAAGAACCAUAGGUCUGGGAGUCAACCUGGUACACAUGAGCCAUCCGAGCCUCAGUCCUCGGGUCCCGUAUACCCAGUACCCCCAACAUGGGCCUGAGAAGCCAUCUGUACAGUCGAGCCCUUCUCCCAACGCGCACCCCGCCGAACCCCAAGGCCAAACAAUUUUGACUUCACUCUGGAGUCCACCUUCAACUCAUGGUAUUCAAACCAACAACCUCAUACCUGUAGCAAAUAAUACUACUGAUAAUAUCGUUCCAACACUUGUGCCUUCGUUUUCGAAUUGUGUCUUGACUGCUCCCAUCCAGUCGCUCUCUCCACAAACCACCACACUAAUCAACUCUACGCAGAUGCUGAACAACUCGUUUACCUUAGCCGGAAGUACCUCAAUCCGCCUUCCCGUCGAUACAGUGCCUUCGACAAUGGGUACCGUGGCCUUGACUGCUAUCCUACCGUCAUCCUCUCCACAAAUUAUUCGACCGGAAAAUCUUUUCCCGAACCAGUCCACAUUACUACUGUCCAACACGGCGGAACCCCCAAUUAUUGUUGCUCAAGCGCCCCAGUCCGUCAACUGUUCCACGUCCUAUAUUGGUGUUUUUUCUCAGACCACCGAUUGGUCUGUCUCACCGACAGCCUCCGUCCAAGCCGGGAUUAUUCCCAAGUCCUCGCCUUUCAAAAUUCCCGAAGUACGUGGAUUCUCCGACAACAUUUGUCCGCAAGCGUCACCUGCCGAAGUGUAUUGGCGCUUAUCUCCCAUGGAUCAACUGGAGCCUUGUAUCUCGCAGUCAAGUGAGUUUCGUUUUCUCUCGAACCGUAUAGUUUGCCUCAUUUGCCAUUUACUGAUUCCCGAGUCUCCACGUUUAUCUCGCCCACAAGGCUCGUUGAUAAAAAAGAAAGAUCAGUCAGAUCAAUUGCCAACCGGUUGUCAAAAUAUACCCUCGACAGUGCGAUGGACAGCUCAACCUGACUGCUCUCUACGAAUGGUUAGUCGUGCCUGGAACGCCAUGUGGCAUGAAGGCAUCUGGCCAAAUCCGAACUCCAUAAACCUAGAUUUUGGGACGGAAUCCUUUGACAUGAUGGAUUGGCGUUCGUCAAUUGCUAGUCUGUGGACCGAUGUGUUUCUUCGACGAAUCUCAACCUUCGCCGUACAUUUAUUCUGCUCAUUGUGGGGUAAAACGCCAACUGAUGCUAUGCAAAGCCUGAUUGUAGAGGCACAACCGGAGGUCGCGGCUAAAACGAGUUCUGAAGAAUGCAAGACAGUCGGAGAUGAACAAGUUGAAACCUCAUGGAUAACUUGGAAAGAUGUAUUGUGGAUGGCUGAACAUCGGUUUAUCGACUGCAUUCCCAUCUUGCUGAUCAGCUGUUUGCAAUGCUCACCACGCUACACCGACAGCAUGCAAGUAGCCUCGGUAUCAAUGCCAACACGAGCAACAACCCAGACUCCCGAUUUCGGUGCCACCAGAUUGUGCGUGUCCACAGGUUCAGAGGAGCUAGCAAGCCUGCUGCCGAGCCGGUCAGCCUCACAAGCUAGAACAAAACUGGAAAAUUUGGACACUAAUUCAUCCAGAUCAAUAGUGGAUCCAAACUUCUCAGUUAUGUGGAGUUCCGCUGAUCCACUGCAGUCCAAUUCCAUGGCCCACAUGCAAGCAAUUGAAGCCCCCAACAUUCCAGUUUGUACACCCAACAGUUGUCAUUCAACCGUAAUGCUGGAUAUGGUGGACGCAUAUGAGGCAUCCAAUGAAACUGCAGUGCACUUUGAAUGUGAACCUGGCGGUCAUGCCUACCUCAGCCUGAGCAACUUGAGCUCAGCUUUGGCCAAGAUUCAGACAGAUGUGACAAAACAUUCCCAACGAGGGCACCCAUCUUACCCGAUCCUACAAUACUUGGACUCCUAUGUACUUCGGUUUGGAAGCUUUCUUGCCUAUCAUCCCGUACUUCUGAGUUCCUUCAUAGCGCUAAAACUGACGGAUCCGGGAGAGUCACGAACACAUGGACAGGUUGACCAAGCUGUGUUGUUAGAAAUGGGAGAACGCGAACGGAGACUAAGAAGGUUGAACGAGCAGUUCAUCACAGUGUUUAGUAAUGCUGCAGACCUGGUCGCCCUGGAUGCAAGUCGGACCGACCAUGAGUCACGUAAAGUUCCUUCUGAGCAUCCAGAUGUGACCCACAUCAAACCAGAAGAACUAGAUGCAGCUAAUUCCCGACGCGCCAUGCUGAACGACUUUCUUGCAUGGAGUAGAACGUUCGAUAGUGCAUGGCGUGAGUUUCAACGAAAUACCUGGGCUCAACUUGCACAGAGCAGUGGUGAUGCACAGACCAAUGCUCUACAUCGGUUGACUACAUUCUACGCGCAAGAUGGACGAAUUUCACAACGAUAUCUUCUAAACCUGCUACUCGAAAGUUUGAACGAACUUCAGUAGACCUCAUCUCAUCAGGUGACCUAAGUUUUGGGAUAAUAAUCAUGGCCUAUACGUACAUCCAUAUUCCGGAGAAAGCAUUGAGAGUUUUGCCUUUGUGGCAAGUAUUUUUUGCUCACUACUAUGAUUUGGAACUGUGAAUCCAGUGCAUUCUAAGAACAUCCACCCUCUUCCUCGUUGUCCCGUGUAAAUUUCUCUUUGAAUGUCUUAGGAUUUUACAAUAGGUUGAAACCACCUUUGUGAGCUACCUCUCACUACUAACACAAGCAGCU